UCGUCAGCUAAACUUUACUGCCAUGAAUUGAACUUGCAGAAGAAGCUAGCUAGAAAUCACUCGGUUAUAGGCCUUCAUAAAUAGGCUCCUUGAGCUACCAAACCAUGCCUCUGUUGAAAGAUAUGGAAGUGGUGGCUUUUCUGGACACCAUAUUGGUCCCCUUGAGUCUCUUCCUUACACUUGGUUACCAUGCCUAUCUAUGGCACAGCUUCAAGAACAAGCCCUGUAAUACCACCAUUGGAAUCAACGCAUUAAGGAGGACUGCAUGGUUUCAUGACAUAAAAGAGGCUGGUGACAAGAAGGGUAUGCUGGCAGUCCAAAGCUUGAGAAACACUCUAAUGGCCACCAUACUCACAGCUUCAAUAGCGAUUCUUGUUAACGUGGCACUGGCAGCUCUAUCGAACAACGCCUUCACAGCAAGCCACCUCCUAAACAACCCGAUUUUCGGGUUGCAGUCGGGCGGGAUCUUGGCCCUUAAGUUUGGGUCGGUGUCACUCCUUUUGCUGCUUAGCUUCUUAUGCAGCUCUAUGUCCGUUGGAUACCUGAUCGAUGCCAAUUUCCUGAUAAAUGCUUCCGGUGGUGAAUUCUCAUCAUCUCCUGGACACACGCAUGCCAUGCUCGAGCGAGGGUUCAUGUUGGCUCUAAUUGGGAACCGGGUGCUUUGCAUUAGCUUCCCUUUGUUGCUAUGGAUGCUUGGUCCAGUGCUUGUGGCUUUGUCCUCGGUGGGAUUAGUUUGGGGGCUUUAUGAACUUGAUUUUUCUGGGAAAUUGAUUAGUGGCGAUAUGCAAAUUAGUCGCAUGCGCAGUACUGGACAUAAUAUGUAUGCAUGAUUUAUUAUUCAUCUGAA